AUGCAUACCGGCUCAGGUGCUACGUUCAAAAUGACGUACGACGGGGACGAGGAGCCUGUGAAACUUGUACUUGAGGAAGAUGGUAUUGUUGUUGACAUGACAGUGCACACUCUGACAACCGAGGAGGUUCUCGAUUUUGAAUUCGAUGCGGAAGAUGUGACCUUCCAGGCUAUUAUGAAGCCACACAUGUUAAAGGAAGCCAUAAAGGAAUUGGAUGCAAGCAGUUCUACUGUUACAUUGAGUGUUACUAGUGAUGAGCUUUUGUUGACAACAAAAGGUGAAAUCGGAACAGCUGUGACCAAGUUUCCUCGUUGUUCGGAGCAAUUUGAGCGAUUACAAUGCGCGGAACCCGUCACUCAUCAGUACCUCAUCAGCUUUAUCAAAAAUAUGACUGCAGCGUUCGCUAUUGCUAACAAAGUAUCGUUACGAUGUGAUUCUCGUGGUGUUUUGUCAGCACAGUUCAUGGUUGAACCCGUUGAGCACAAACAAAUCUAUAUAGAGUUUUAUCAGCCUCCACUUACCAAUUAUCGGAUUUAUACUGAAUACCGGAUUUUCCACUCUAUUCUUACGUUCCUGAAACUUCUCAAUCUUCAUUAG